AUGGCAGAGUGCAGCUUCGACCAUUACCCAUCCCCUGUGCCGAUCCACCAUUGCCACCCCGCUGGUUCUCCGACGAGACCCAUGGAUUUGCGAACCGAUCAAUGGAUCAGACUACACAAGAUGAUACCCCACUCAGUGACAACUACCGCCAUUUCGAUGCGGAUGACAAGGACGAGACAAAACCCUUCGGGACUCUGA